GCCAAAACGUGGCUUUUCAUCGAAAUUCACGCAUAUUUUCGGUGCAAACGUCGCGACAAUUAGUCCAUCGAUUGACACAACCAUCCACUCAAAGACCACAUACGUUGACCGCAAUCGGUGGCCAACGCUCUCAUAGAUUAGAUCCACGAGUGGUGUCUUAACCGGCGAAGCGAUGGCAACUCAGGACAAGUUAACCCGUAUAGCGAUCGUCAAUACCGACAAAUGCAAGCCUAAGAGGUGUCGACAGGAGUGCAAGAAGUCGUGUCCAGUGGUCCGGAUGGGGAAGUUGUGUAUCGAAGUCACGCCGAACGACAAGAUAGCGAAGAUCAGCGAAGACCUGUGCAUCGGGUGCGGUAUAUGCGUGAAGAAGUGCCCCUUUGAGGCCAUAACUAUCAUCAAUUUGCCAUCCAAUCUGAGUCGGGACACAACCCAUCGUUACGGACAAAACACAUUCAAAUUGCAUCGCCUGCCGACCCCCCGGCCCGGGGAGGUGUUGGGUCUGGUGGGCACCAACGGUAUAGGCAAGUCCACGGCGCUCAAGAUAUUAGCCGGCAAACUGAAGCCAAACUUAGGUCGUUACGGGUCAGACCCUCCCGACUGGACAGAGAUUCUGACGUAUUUCAGAGGAUCCGAACUCCAGAACUACUUCACCCGUAUCUUAGAGGACGAGUUGAAGGCCAUAAUAAAACCCCAAUAUGUGGACCAAAUACCGAAAGCCGUGUCCGGAGUGGUGGCCGGACUGUUGGACAAGAAGAACGAGAGAGAGAACAAGGAUUACGUCUGCAAAGUCUUGGAUCUGACGGAAACCAUUUGCAGCCGAAAUGUGGCUGAUCUGAGUGGUGGAGAACUGCAGCGCUUUGCCAUCGCUAUGGUAUGCAUUCAGAGCGCCGACAUCUUCAUGUUCGACGAGCCCUCCAGUUAUCUGGACGUCAAGCAGAGGCUGAAGGCCGCGGAAGCCAUUCGCGAUCUGAUCCAAGCGGACAAAUACAUCAUUGUUGUCGAGCAUGACUUGUCUGUAUUGGACUACUUGUCCGACUUUAUCUGCUGUUUAUACGGAGUGCCCGGCGCUUACGGUGUCGUAACGAUGCCUUUCUCUGUGAGGGAAGGGAUCAACAUAUUCCUCGACGGUUUCGUGCCCACAGAGAACCUGCGUUUCAGGGAAACGGCGCUUGUGUUCAAAGUGUCGGAGACGGCGACUGAGGAGGAAGUGAAGCGCAUGUGUCGAUACGAGUACCCAUCGAUGGUCAAGCAUUUGGGCAAAAACUUCGAGCUGUCCGUCCAGUGCGGGACGUUCACCGACUCGGAGAUCAUAGUGAUGUUGGGCGAGAACGGCACGGGAAAGACGACGUUCAUCCGUAUGCUGGCCGGUAAUCUGAAGCCAGACGAGGGCGAGUCGGAUGUGCCGACUCUGAACAUCAGUUAUAAGCCGCAGAAGAUUAGCCCCAAAUCGCAGGGAACGGUACGGAUGUUGCUGUUCGAGAAGAUCCGCGACUUCUUCAAUCACCCGCAGUUUCAGGCGGAGGUCGUGCGGCCGCUGCGCAUCGAAGAGAUCAUCGAUCAGGAAGUGGUGAACCUGUCGGGCGGUGAGCUCCAGAGGGUGGCUCUGGUGUUAUGUCUGGGCAAACCGGCCGACGUCUACCUCAUCGACGAGCCGUCGGCUUAUUUGGAUUCCGAGCAGCGAUUGGUCGCCGCGAAAGUGAUUAAGAGGUUUCUGUUGCACUCGAAAAAGACCGGCUUUAUAGUGGAGCACGACUUCAUUAUGGCUACAUAUCUGGCCGAUCGGGUCAUUGUGUUUGAAGGGGAGCCGUCGGUGAAGACAGUGGCGACCACUCCUCAGACACUAUUAGCCGGAAUGAAUAAAUUCCUGCAACUGUUGAACAUUACGUUCAGAAGAGAUCCCACGAACUUUAGGCCCAGAAUUAAUAAAUUGAAUUCAGUUAAGGAUACGGAACAGAAGAAGGGCGGCAACUACUUCUUCCUCGAGGACUAACUGAUGGCAUACGCACCACAAGAACGCGUGAAGACAUCAACUCAUUUGAAGACAUGGCCGCAGAAGUCGAGCCAUAAGUUCGGCUCAAACUGAGCGCAAGUUUUUUGGGUAUUAUUUGAAUUGAAACAAAGUUUUGAAGUUUUUAUAUUAUGUAUUAAUAUAACGAUUGUCUGAUUAAUC